UAUGAAGCUCUUGUUGGUGUUGGCCAUCUGUGUGCUGGCAAUCCCCAGAAAUUCUGGCGCCGUGAGCUUAGUGACUUCGCGUGACAGGUAUUUACAAGUUAUUUACGACGCAGUCAACACUGAGGACUACGGAACCGCUGUAACUUCUAGCGUGCAUCUUAAGAGAGAGACGAGGGGGGACGUCAUCGUGAAAGCAGUCAACAAACUCAUAGAAGAUGGCAAAAGAAAUAUCUUAGAGUUUGCCUACAAGCUGUGGAAGUUUGAUGAGGGCCAACAGAUUGUCAAGGAGCUGUUCCCUGCUCAAUUCAAACUGAUAUUUUCCGGGAAUCUCGUUAAAAUCAUCACUAUUCGUGAUGACCUCGCGCUAAAACUCGCUGGUGCUGCCGACGAACUAAACGACAGGGCCGCAUACGGUGACGGCAGCGAUAAGACAAGCGAGAACAUCAGCUGGAAGUUUGUACCUAUCUGGGAAGACAAUAGGGUUUACUUCAAGAUCUUUAACAUUCGGCGUCGGCAAUACUUGAAGCUAGGGGUGGAUGCUGAUGGUGAAAACGACCACGCUGUUUUCGGAGAUAACUUUGCUGAUACCCGCAGACAUGAGUGGUACCUGAAGCCAGUCCAGCUUAACGGCAAAUUACUGUUCUACAUCUAUAACCGUCAAUACAAUCAGGGCUUGAAGCUAAGUAGAACUGCCGACAGUGCAGGAGACCGACGUGCCUACUCGAACGCCGGCGAAGUCGAUGGUCAACCAGAGCUUUUCGGCUGGUCCAUCGUUUCCUUUUACUAACUGUUUUGAAAAUAUACUUUACACCACUGGAAUUGAAAAUUAAAAUUGUUCGUAAAAUUCUUGUGAAUUUUUAAAACUGAUAUCA